AGAAUAGAAAAAAGUCAUUCAUAAUUUUAAACCUGAGAAAUUAAGCAAUAACAUAUUUUGCAUCAUGAUUUCAGAUAUGAAUCUAAACCAAAGAGGUAAACAAUUCAGAUGUAAUAAGUUUCUGUUGCUGGUCUUUCAAUCUUGCUUGUGAGAGAUACAGGAGUGUCCAAAAGAAACCAGUCUACCAAUUAAAGCAAGUAUAGUAGGUGUAAUUUUCGUCAGAAUUACAGAAUAUGGUCGUCAGAAUAUGGUUGAGGCCAUAAAAUGACGCAUGGGAAGGGAUCUUUAAGGGGGGAAUUCUGGGGAUAACAUUCGAGGAAAGGAACGGGUCGGGAGUUAACCUGUUACGAGUCGGUAGGUCAACCCUGUUACAUUAUUUGGCGCCCAAUGUGGGACCUACCAUAAGAUGAAGAAUGGAGACAGAACACGAUACAAGGGUGCACGGGGCAAAUUUUCUUGUCCCUGCAAGAAUGCCGAGAAUUUCGGUUUUCAGUGGUGCGCAGCAGCCAAGCAGCCAAAGGACAGUGAAGCUUCGUACGAACUGUGGAAGUUCGAAGUCAACUGUGUUAAGCCGGACGCAGCGUAUGACCGACAUGCAGUUUUAGAGGCGGUGCGCCGAUCACUGCGAGGGGAGGCCGCUCGAGUGGCCAUGCGCCUUGGUGUCAACGCCACGGCAGACAGCAUCAUCUCCAAGUUCGACUCUCUUUACGGCACUGUGAGAGGUGGCGAGGACCUGCUGGCAGACGUUUACGCUGCCAAACAGCAGGACGGAGAGGAUGUGGCGACGUGGAGCUGCCGACUGGAAGACCUGUGGGCCAAAGCAGCUGAAGUGCUGCGGUGCAGGUUCUGGAAAGGGCUUGUGCAGCCCCUACGGGACAGGAGCGGCCACAAAUUCACUACCAUCAAUGACUUCGAUGAGCUAAGGCGCAUCAUGCGGCAGUUCGAAUGGACAUCGGAUCACCAACCGCGAAAACCGACAGCUACGACGAAGGCGGCACAGUCAGUGGACGAAGUGACGGCCUUGAAGGCGCAGCUGUAUCAGUUACAGCGAGAAAUGGCCGAGAUGAUAGGCAGGCAACCCGACGAUGACCCAGCCAAGGGCCGGAGGGGUACACAGCGGCGGAGCAAGCAGCCCCACCCGCCCCAACCGGCGCGCACAAGAUGACAUGACUUGCUGGAAGUGCGGGGGUUAGGGCAUGUCAAGGCCGACUGCCCAUCCAAGCUGCGUUUAAUGCGAACGAGGGCAGUUUGUAGGUCAAAGGAUGGGACCCCGCCCAACACAGCCCUGCUCAGGCCCAGCCAACAAUAGCCAGAUACCACGAGAGGCGUCAACGACCGCCUUAGUGGGUGUUAGCAAUGAAGUGGAGAUCGAACUGGAGGGGGCUAAAGACACUCGCCUUACUUGACACCGGGUCAACGGUAUCGACGGAGUGUGAACGCUUCUAGAAGACACGAUUAACACACUUGCCUCUGCAACCACUUCAGCGUGUACUGUCUAUCGAGUGUGCGGACGGCGAGUUACUUCCGUACACAGGCUACAUCACGGCCCGAGUAUCUGCGUCGGGAUCAGGUGCGGAGAACACAUCAGGGGCAGGUGUUGACUGCGUGCUAUUAGUGGUGCCAGACGGUCGGUACAAUAGGAACGUACCCGUUCUGAUCGGUACAAAUGUGCUCACACAUUUUCUGCAGCUAGCUAGAGAGACUCAUGGAGCUCGCUUCCUGCAGGCAACAUCACUGAGCACAUCUUGCCAUCUGUCAUACCGGUGUAUCGUACAGCGGGAGAGCAAUCUCUCUUGGAAUAAUAACUGCCUGGCAGUGGUACGCAACGGCGGAAGCUCUGCUCAAUAAUUUUAUUGCGCACUAUGGGAUGCCUCGCCGGCUGCAUUCUGAUCAAGGCGCCAACUUCGAAAGUCAGAUAAUCAAAGAACUGUGCCUGAUAACGGGAUGCCGGAAAUCUCGGUCCACCCUAUCAGGGUUCCCAGGGACAGGGAUGGUGCCAAGUAAGGACCUUAUAAGGACCUUUCAUGCAUUCGUAAGGACCUAAGUGACAGUCAUCAAUGCUUAAGUUUUUCUCUUGUAUGGUCGGAAAGAU